AUGCCGCAACAAGUGAGAAUUUCACGAGAAAAUUCAGUGAAAAGGUCUCGUUCUUUUACAAAAUCAUUCAAAGGACUGUUUAAGUCACGUUCACCUACCCCACCACCUUCUUCGCGUUCUACUUCAGCUUCUUCAGCUACAUAUGUGUUACAAUCUCCUAAGCAUCUGCCUUUGAGUGGACUUGUUAAGCUGUCUUUGUCGCCUCGUGCUGAACUGCAAAGUGUUCGUAAUAACAAAUCCGAGGAAUCAAUGUUGAGUGACGAUUCAUCUUUAAAAAUGAAAAAUGCACCUGCUACUGCUGAAUUUUAUAGUAAGGAUAAUGGUACUGAUUCUUCAUCAUCUGUGCUAUUAGCUGGCGAGUUCGCAGGGAGUGACCUUCGGACAGGUACGGAAUGUAGCAGCAAGCUAUCUUAUGCUACGGAGUCUUUGUAUAAGACAGCGGUAGAAAGUGAUGCUGAUCCGUCUAUUGAUGCACAGUUGGAUCAUAGCAUGAGAGAGGCCGCGAUUCAUGCUCCAAGCCCCAAUAAACGUGGUCGUUCGCUCCAGCGCUCACAAAGUGCGACGGUCUCAAAGUUCAAGGAUAGGACCCCACAUGGGUCAGCAGACCCGAUGAAAAAAGAGACGAAGAAGCCGAGAUAUGUUAUACAGGACGAACACUUUCGUGUUGACGAGUCCGGACAUCAUGAACAUAUUUUGAAGAUCAUGCCUUUAAUUCAAGAUAUCGAUUGCCAUAAGACAAAAAGUGGUGGAUUUUGGCUAUCAUCGGUAUUCAAGCUUCAUAGGCAUGAGGAUGGGGAGAUGAACAUUGCGCACUCGAUCUUGCCUUCAGUUAAGCCGGACUUGGAAGGCCGGGUGAGUAUGGCUCCAAAGGAAGGAUUUACCAACAUUAAAGAAGAGGAUGAAGAGGACGCUGAGAAUGGUCACUUAGGUAUUGUGAGUGCUACCAUAGGAGCUGUGAAAGACGCUGCAGCGAGAAGCCCACAUAUGUCGGGUGUAUUAGCUGGAACUGGGGUUGCAGCAGGCGUUGUAGUAGGAUCAAUAGCAGGCGCAGUAACAGGUGCAAAGGAGGCAAUAGUACAGAAAAUAAAGCCGGCAGUAGUGGAACAAGAUCAGUUUGAUGAAAAUUAUGGACAUGAAUUACACCAUGGAAAAGACAAAAUGCCAAAAGUAGUGAACAAACAUGCUGCAAUCGGAAGCGAUGAAUUAAAAUUGAUAAAUAAUUUGGCAGAGCGAAUAAAUGACGGGAUAGAGCAUUUAGAUAAGAAUUCACCGGCUGAGGUAUCUCCCAAUGUAAAAAAUAUAAAGGCAAAGCAAAUUUUAGCUGAAAAAUAUGGGAAAUGUAUCGGAAUGGUUGGCCAUGGUGCGUAUGGUACUGUUUGGGUAACCUCAAAAGACAUAAGCCAUGCGAAUGAUGAUGUAAGUUCUCAUCAUUCACCAUGUAAAGGUACUUUUGAACAUAAUGGCAGGCUAUUUUAUGCUCUGAAAGAAUUAAAACCGAGAGUUGACGAAUCUCACGAAAAGUUUAGUACACGUUUAACCUCUGAAUUCGUAAUCGGACACUCAUUGAGUGGUAGGUUAGGUAUAGUGAAUUCUUCAACAUUCUCUGCGCAUCCUAAUAUCCUAAAAGUCUUUGAUCUUAUGCAAACACACGAUGCAUUUGUGGAGGUAUUCGAAUUUUGUCCGUCGGGGGACCUCUACAAUCUCUUGACGAGGUCUGGUAAGUCUGGUUCAGGUCUUCACCCAUUGGAGGCAGAUUGUUUCAUGAAGCAGCUACUUAAUGGUGUACAAUAUAUGCACGAACAUGGGGUUGCCCAUUGUGACCUAAAACCUGAAAAUAUUUUGUUUACACCAACUGGUGUACUAAAAAUAUGUGACUUUGGCUCCAGUUCGGUUUUUCAGACUGCAUGGGAAAAGAAUGUACACUUCCAGACUGGCAAGGUUGGCUCUGAGCCAUACGUUGCUCCAGAAGAAUUUAUCCCUAAUAGGGAAUAUGAUAGUAGAUUAGUAGAUUGCUGGAGUUGUGGCAUUAUUUAUUGUACAAUGGUGUUGGGCCAUUACUUGUGGAAAGUUGCAAACAAGGAUAAGGAUCAAAUAUAUAGCACCUUCGUUGAAGAGAUGACAGAAAGAGGGGAAUAUUCAGUGUUUGAAGAAAUGCGACAUGUGAACCAAGAACUCAAUCGCUGUCGUAAAAUGUGCCUUUACAAUGUUUUCCAAUGGCAACCGAAGAAAAGGAUUCCAAUUCCGAAGUUAUUAGAGACGCCGUGGAUGCGAAAGACUGUUUGCUGCAUAAAUUAUAAGUACACUGCCAUCCAAUGCCAGCAACAAAGCUAG